AUGGUUACUCUAAUCAAAUCAAUCCCUGCUCACACGGACAAGGCAUGGAGUGUCCAUUCUCACAGCACAUUGCCUUUAUUGGCCACAGCACUGAGUGAUAAAACUAGUAAGAUCUACAAGUUAUCCAGAACAAAGAACUUUCCUCAAGUGGCUAAGCUUGAAGAGACCCACAAGAGAUCUGUUCGUGCAGUGAACUUCAAACCACAUCUAUCAUCUACUGACACCGAAUUUAUUGACCUUCCGGCUUUAGCUUGUGGAUCAUUCGACUCAACGAUCUCAGUAUGGGGAAUUGAUGAGCCUGAGGAGUUCUUGGAUAACGAGAACGACAUGGACGAUGAGGAUGAAGAUGCCCUGGAUGCAAGAAAGAAGAGAGAAACUGAUAUCCUUACAAGCCCUACAAACGAAUGGAACCUUAUGGCGUUGAUAGAAGGACAUGAGAAUGAAAUCAAGUCUGUCGCAUGGAACAAGUCUGGCCGCUUCUUGGCCUCCUGUUCCAGGGAUAAAACAGUUUGGAUCUGGGAGACUGAUCCUGAAACUUUGGAAGAGUUCGAAUGUGUCUCCGUUUUAAGCGACCACGAGCAUGACAUCAAGCACAUCACAUGGCAUUCAGUACAGAACAUCCUUGCCAGCUCUUCCUACGAUGACACGAUCAGACUAUAUAAACAAGACGAUGAUGACGACGAUUGGUCAUGCGUGGGUCUCCUUAAUGGUCAUCAGGGAACCGUUUGGUGCUCUGCAUUUGAAGACCCUCGGUCUCCAUUGGCUUCUGCCGAUACCAUAAGACUUGUAUCUUGUUCAGACGAUUCUACAGUCCGUAUAUGGACCAGCGCAUCUCCAGAAGAGCCUGAAUCAGGCCCUGGAUUACCCAGCUCUAUAAAGCACCGCAGCUCAGAAAUGCCAUGGGAGCUUGAGUCUGUUCUUCCUCCUGUUCAUAAAUAUGCUAUUUAUUCCGUCGCAUGGUCAAAGAGCGGCAAGAUCGCCAGUGCUGGCGCUGAUGGGCAAAUUGCUAUUUACAAAGCAGAUGGAAAAGAGUGGAAGGUUGAUAGUGUUCAGAACGGUGCACACGGUGUCUACGAAAUCAACUGUCUCACAUGGUGCAUUUUAGAAGACGGAAACGAAGUACUCGUCAGUGCUGGAGACGAUGGUAAUGUAAAUAUUUGGGAGGCAUAG